AUGGUUUUCGGCUUUUACGUCAAUAUCCGCGCCUUUCAGUUCAAGAUCAAUGGCCUGCCCUGCGAUUUAUCCGUGUCUGUAGUGACCACUGUGUUGUCCGCGUCGGGGACGGACUACUUGAGUGGAAUCUCUGUAGUGGUAGUGAUUAGGUCUGUCGUAAUGCCUGUCCUGUUCGGCCCAAAUCCUACUGAAAGCCGCUUUUCUAUUGAGUUCUUCGAAAUAUUUAGCGUUUUGUCCACUGAUUUGUGA